AUGGCCGCUAGUUUCGGGGAGAAACUGCUGCAAGAAGUGCACGAGGAGGGCUUGGAUGAGUUGCUACAUGACUUGAGAGUGCUGCAUCGCGACCAUUCAGGCAGCACCGAGACUCGCUUCGGUGUCGCAGGCAUUGAUGAGCUCCUGGGGCUUUUUUGGCCAUCCUCCCAGUCUCUACAUCAUAUACCCAGUAUAGGGGAACAUAACGCUAUUGACGAGGUUGAUGAUGACCCUGUCGCGGUAGAUCAUGACCCGACACAUUUCGAAGUGUCUGUUCACCCAGCGUUUCUUAGUCGGCCGUAUCCCGUCCUUGAGAUAUCUAGCACUUCUUCUGCGGCUGGAAAAUCUGAGGUGCUGUACUAUCUGACUGCCCUAACAGUGCUUCCGUUCGAGUUCAACGGGAUCUCGCUCGGCGGACUCAAUUCCGCCGUCGUCUUCAUUGACGCUGAUGGCCGCUUCGAUGCCGAGCGUCUACACGCCAUCGCUCGCGGAAUCGUCCUCGACAAACUUCGCACCGAGGAUAAGCCUAGUGCCGACUUGCGAGCUGCAGUUGAGUCUAUGCUUCUUGCCUCUCUGCAGCACAUCCACGUCUUCCGGCCACAGUCAUCCUUGGCGCUACUCGCUACGUUGCAAACUCUGGACGCAUAUCUACUUAAUCUUCCCCUGCAUGCCUCAGCUAACCGGGCUCUCCACGCUAUAGUCCUUGACAGUGCAACUGCCUUUUUCUGGCAAGACAAGCUACAAGAUGAAGUUGCACGCACUGAGGAUAUCGGCCAAUCAGCGGCCGAGAUAGAGCGCAGGCGCCGCGAGAGAGAGACCUUCCAUCUUGCAGAUCUCUAUGCAGACCUGGUCGCAAGUUUGAAGCGGUUACAGGGUGCCUUCGAUUGCGCCGUCAUAUAUACCGCUACCUCCUUCAGUGGUAAAUCAGCGGAGAAACCAUCCAUGCCGCAUGGCUCGUAUAACCCGUUAGACACCGCACUUAACACUCCGUCUUUUCGGUCCCCGCUACCGUCUCCCUGGGGUUUGUUUCCUACGCUCCGGCUGGUGCUCCAGCGGGAGGCGGUUCGGCCGUUCCCACCUGGCGUGACCGUUCAAGAGGCGGAAAGAGAUGCGCCCAUGCGGCAGGAGGUGGUUAUGCGAGGGGAAUUCCUGGGGUCAGUGAAUAGCUGGGGCCGGGAGGACUGGCCACAGCGGAUACUAGAGGCGCUGAAGAGGCGAGGAGGAGGGCAGUUUUCUUUCAAUGUUGGCCGAAAGGGUGUUGCAUUUUCCUGA